AUGGGUCAUCGCAGGCCCAGUCGCAAGCGCCGUGGCGAAAAUAUCACCAAUUGUCCCCUCAUUGACAAGGCAAACGCCUUCAGAGCUCAAUUCAAGGACGGCGAUAAUGAAGUUGCCACAUCGGCUUUCUCGCGCCUCAGCAUUGCUCCUCCUAAUGCGCAAGUAACUCGCAAGAGUUUCACCCCCUUCCGUGAAGAUGAUCUCGACAGUGCUCGCCCCUCUAAUCCAAAGCUUGAAUAUGGCGUGCCGAUCGAACUGGGUCGGUAUAAUAACGAUGUGUGGCGAACUGUUGCAAUCGUGGAUCUCGCUAAAAAAUUCACUCUCCCACGAGUUUUGUCUCACAUAAAACAAGGAAAUGUCUACUCGUGCCACCUCGAUCCCACCAACCCUGUUUACACUGCGAUAAUUGUCUUUGUUGAAGAGCGGAGCGCCAAGGCCUUUCUUAGGUAUGGGAAGACCAAGAAAUUUGAAGUCAACUUUGAGGGAGCCAGGGCGAUGGAGCUGGUAAACCCCACCUAUCCCAUUCCGCUGCGCUUUGAAGGAAAGAAGUUGACACGAUGCCUGCGGGUCAGCUCUGGGCUUGGAUGGUAUGUCCAGGCGAUAUUCGACUUGAUACACGAUAGCCCGCACCAUCUGAUAUGCCGGGUGGACACCGGAGUAUCUUCAGAUCAGGUCUUCCAGUUCGCCUCAGUGAGAGCUGCCUACUGGUUCUACCGCAAACUUAUCACACUCGACCCGGAAUCGUUUGACGGCGGCGUUGUCACCUUUGCCGAUGAUCCUUGCGCCGCCUUGGCUACGUCUGAAUGGCCUCUGUUGGAGAGUAGGUUAGAUGACCAUGGCCCUCGUGUCGCCUUGUCUAUGUCUGAAUGGCCUCCGUUGGGAAGGUAG